GCUGCGGCCGCCAGGGGAGCCGAGCCGAGCCGAGCGCCGGUGGCCGCGGGGAGCACGAGGAAAGGAGAGGAGAGGAGCGAUCGUCCGAGUCCUGGUCGUGGGUCGACCUGCUGAUUGGCCAACGGCUCCUUUCAACCCUGCCUCGUUGGUGGCCACUGGAGAAGCGCGGGGGGCUCCCCAGACAGCCGUGGGGACAAGUUAGAGCCAACACCUUAUCCCCCUUCCCCCCCCCCCCGGGCCUCGCGUGUAGUUUCCCAUCCCCUGUUCUAGGUUGCCCUGGUGUCCGGAGGAGGGUGCGGGGUGUGCCCUCCUUACAUGUUCCACCACCCGGACAACCCUCUAGCCUCGUGUUCCAUCGCGCUCUUGCUUCCUGUACGGUGGUCAAGUGGAACGAACCACUUUGCAUCAUGUCCCGGUAUAGCUACCAAAGUCUCCUGGACUGGCUCUAUGGGGGCGUGGACCCCAGUUUUGCAGGCAAUGGGGGCCCCGACUGUGCUGCCUUCCUGUCUUGGCAGCAGCGGCUGCUGGAAAGUGUGGUGGUCCUGACCCUGGCCCUGUUGGAGAUCCUGGUGGCCCUGCGGCACAUCCUGAGGCCAACGGAGGACGGUAGGGGUAGCCGUGGCAGCCAGCCACAGCAGGUGACCCUGCGGCCAGAGGAAGGCAAGGAGAGCCUGAGCAAGAAUCUGCUCUUAGUAGCCCUGUGCCUGACCUUCGGGGUGGAGGUGGGCUUUAAGUUCGCCACCAAGACCGUCAUCUACCUGCUCAACCCCUGCCACCUGGUCACCAUGAUGCAUAUCUUUCUCCUGGCCUGUCCUCCGUGUCCGGGAGCUAUCGUCGUCUUCAAGUUACAGAUGCACAUGUUGAAUGGCGCUCUCUUGGCAUUGCUGUUUCCUGUGGUAAAUACCCGGCUGCUCCCGUUUGAAUUGGAAAUUUACUACAUUCAGCAUGUCAUGCUCUACGUGGUGCCCAUCUACCUGCUUUGGAAAGGAGGUGCUUACACCCCAGAACCGCUCAGCAGUUUCCGGUGGGCUCUUCUCUCAACUGGCCUUAUGUUCUUUUACCACUUCAGCAUCCUGCAGAUCCUCGGCCUGGUCACCGAAGUGAAUUUGAACAACAUGCUGUGUCCGGCCAUCUCAGACCCAUUCUACGGCCCCUGGUAUCGCAUCUGGGCCUCGGGACACCAGACUCUCAUGACCAUGACCCACGGGAAGCUGGUCAUCCUGUUCUCAUACAUGGCUGGGCCCUUGUGUAAAUAUCUGCUGGAUUUGCUCCGGCUUCCAGCCAAGAAAAUAGACUAAAGGUGCUUGGGGUUUUUGUUUGUUUGUUUGUUUUCUUUUUAUUUUUUAUUUUUCUCUGUGAGGAAGCAAGUUCUGACUUGACUUAGAAAUCACCCAGUUCUUGAUAAAAUUAUGGGAGAGGGCAGUAGGAUGCUUGAGGUAUAUCUUUUUUUUCCUCCUGUCCAUCCCUUUCUUCCACCACUCUUCCCUCUUCAGCUCCUCCCAUCAAUGGUUCCUUAUGCCUGGGUAUGGUGCUGGGGCUAGACUUUCCCUUUGUCCUUACCCUGGGCUCUGCGUCCCUACUCUAUCCCACUCCCUCUGUGUGGCCUUACACGGGGAAUGGUAUUACGUGGCUCCCUCGCUCUGCUUGCUGGUGCUUUUAACAAGAGCUGGUUGAGGAGACAGGGAACAAUAAGCAGCAUUCCUUCCAGCAUCACAGCAAUGACAUUGAGUUGUAUUUAAUUUCUCCACUGCCAGGGACCUCCAAGCUCAUGCUGGGAUCCCCUCUUGUCUCCAGCACAGCCCCCAUCAUAAGGGGACUGAGGCCUUGUUUCUAUACCAGCAGCAAGCCCAGAGCCAAGGGACUUCUCAGCACAGGGCCAGAAUAAGAACUGCCAGAUUCUUCAUACUAGAGUUUCAUGACUCAAAGCAGGGAGCCACCUAUCCCCUCCCUCCAAGGAAAUUUCUGGGAUGGGAGAAUGUGAGAACAUCCUGCAGCCUAAGAGAUUCUAUAGAGGGGAUUAGACAUCUGUGGCCACUGUAAAUCCCAAGCAUACAGGGCAAAAACAUAGACUGUACCGGACAGAACCCUAAAAUCUCUGCCUGUGAAAUCUGAGAACAGGCCCACAUCCCCAUUUGACGUGAUCUUAGAACUUAAAUCAAUGAAGGCAAGUGGUAUCUUGAGAAAACUGUCAUUGGAAUCACACUCCAUGCUCGUGUUGACAAUAGUCUCCAGUGCCCCGGGAACCCAUUCUUGUUCUUUUUGUCUGUCUGUCUUUCUCAGAAACAGUUUCAUUGAAGAGUGAUCUGCAGUUGUGGCUCUUUUGUUUUCUGUGUUUGUUUUUUUUGGGAUGUUUGAAUUGGGGAGGGACCCUUUCACCAGGACUCAUUUCUGCACGGUCCUGUAGAUCCACUCCUGAGACUUAGAGUGUGUGGUGGAAGCUCCUGCUGGCAGUUUCCCUAGGGUCAGAUUCCUUUGGUGCAGUUGAACUGUGCUCAAUGGUUCAACAUAGGGGAGGAGAGAGUAUCAUAUGCCUCACACUUUGCCCUACUUCGAAGCCCAUGUGUAGGUUGAAAAGGAAUUCUCAAGGAAUCAGGUCCCCAUAGGAAGUUCAAUUGUUCUGAAAACAGCUUUGGCUGAAAGAAUUCUAUUCAAUCAUGCAUGGACCACAAGAGAGGAGGCAGUAGCUGGGCCUUUGAUGACUCCUUAUUGACUUCAGAGUACAGAUGAGCUUGUGAACAGGAAAAAAAAAAAAAGUUCCAUGACCAUCCUAUUGCCCUGGGCCAAUUGCAAUUUAGAUAUAAGUGAAUGGCUAUCAGGCCUAGAUGAGCUUCAGUGACUCAGUGGCCUGGGUUUUAGAAAAUAGCUCUAUGGGUAAAGCAGCUGCAAGAGUCUUCCUCUGAGUGUAGACCCCUGGGAAGCAACUUUGUGAGGGACCACCUGUCCUUAGGGCCUUCUAGCCUUGAGGUGAUCAACCUUGGGGCAGGGGGAGCAGGAAGAGAAAACAUCGAUUGCCCUCAUUCCCCUUGAGCUCCUUGUGCUAUGGAACCUCCUUCCUCCACCAUCCUUGAGAGCCAUGCCAAGCUUUCCUCUGUGCCACUCACCCUUGUGCUACCCUCCAGAUGAGAUUCCUCUUCAGUGCCUGCAUUCCCUUGCCUACCAUCUUGGCUGCUUGUGGGAUGUUUGGUUGAGUGGAAUGUGUGAAGCUUCCAUGACCUUAGGCUACUUUACCAAAGGGGAAUGUUGAAAGCUGUCAUGAGAGGAAUCCUUGGUACCUAGCCUAGAUCCUACUACCUGUAGAGGAAUGAGGCCUCAGCUGGGGAUCAGCUUCAGAAAAAUUACAGUGCUGGGAAUGUAGUCCUCUAUUCACCCCCACCCCAAUCUCUCAUCUUAGUGGCAUGGCACAGAUUACCGGGCAUCUUGCACUUCCCUGUAAUGGCAUGCUUCUAGAAGUUUCCCUGUUACCCUGAAGUUACCCUGGCUCCAGCUCACUACCCAAUUUCUGUGAAACACUUUCUAGUGCUCAGAAGGAUAGAAUAAAUUAAAUUCCAUAUGGUCUGACGUGGCCAGGCCAAGCAUGAGUCAGACAUUCCUGUCAGAAGAUGCCUUGAGGAAAUGAAGGGGAGCUGUCGGGGACAAGGUUGGCCUAUCCACAAGGAGAUGAACAACAAACAGUUGACCCCUUCCACAGACUUCACAAUGAAUCCUGCCCUAAGUUUGAGGUUUCAGGGAGAAGCAGGCAUCUCAGCUGCUCUGUAUCUCACUCUUACCUUAGGCUAAGCCCAUGCGAAGAGAAAGAACCUUGCCAGACCCUUAGCACCCUGCCUUCAGUGGGGGCUCCCAUACAUGUCCAAGAGCCAAACUGCUACUGAUACAAGGAUGAGGGACAAGACUUGGUUUGCUCUGCUUUCCCAAUUCCUCCUCAGGCCUUUCUGUCUAUGUCAAGGGUAUUCUUCAGCAACCCUGGACACAUUUCCAUAUGCCAUCUACCAGCAUGUGUGAGCUCUGUGCAUCUGUGAGAGUCUUCAUAGUGGUGGCGGCCAGCUUCUUUCACAUAGCUCCAAGAAGGGGGAAGAGUGAUCCCUCAAGCCCCCAGUCAGCCUUGGUCAAAGAGUUGAGCCAAUGAGAACAGUUUGCUGAGCUGGCAAUUAGUAGUAGCCACGCGAGAAACAGAAGGACAACCAUAUUUGUUUAAGUUCCCCCCCCCGCAGUAUUUAAUUUUUUAUACCCAAGUCCUGGCUCAGCCUCCUCUCAGGGGCCUAGUGAUGUGCUCCCCUGACAGCUUGUGACAUAUUUCCAGGUUCUGAAGCCACAGACCACACCCUUCCAAGUCUACUUUCUGUCUUUCUGUAGACUUCUUUGUACUCACAGGAGCUCCUUGCAGGGUCAUUGGACUAAUUGGAGCCAUCCGUACAGUCUAUGGUACCUCACACUAGCUGUCAGGUCAUCCCUUUUGCUAUAGCCUCUGUUAGGGUUUUAUUAUGUUUGAUCACGGAUGAUUCAAUGUUUUGUGAUGUGGUCACAGCUUACCACAGAUUACAUGGUGUCAUCAGGGCGACAUGCCCUGGAACUGGGACUGGGCACCUGUCCAGAGCAGGUUGAGCUAGGUAUUCAGGAGGUGGCAAAGGAUUCUUUGUACCCUUCUCACUGCCAAAAGAGGCUUCCCUGGGAUUGUGGGCAUUGACUCACUCUCUUGUGUCCUCUUCAGAGGAGAAGUUUCUUAAUGGUCUCUACUGUAAGGGAGGUCCUGGAGGAGAAAGGGGGACAUGUGACACUGUAGGAUAAGACAUCGCUGCUGAUUUUGGCAAAUCAGGAGCAGACCUCACAGGCCACUUAGUAAGGCCUGCGAAGGGGCUCUCUGCUGCCUCUUGGAUCUGCCCUCUCUGAGGUGAGAGUCCAUGAGAGGAGUCAGCCUUCAUCUUGUAUAUAUAGAAUGAGUCUGUUUGUGCUCAGGAAAACCAACUUGCUUGCUGUUGCCCUUGUCUGUGACAUUUUUGUACACUGGUUUGCUGCUCAUGGCACUAACAACCCCCCUCAUGAUAAACACCCACCCCCCCCACACACACACAAACACAGAAGUACUUUUAAGCAGAAAUGGUGUUUUGGAAACUUGCUUUCUUUGGUGUCAAUGUGUUAGAUUUUAAAGAAUUCUUCAUUUAUAUUUGUAUAAUUGUAGUGAAGACAAUAGGAUCGGCUGAUACAUAAUUAUUUCUGCUAGGACAUUGGUGAAAUCCUUACCUCUUUACCCCUCCCCCAUCCGUCCUCCUUCCUUAGCUAGAACUUCUGUGCAUGAGGCCAAUCCCCUCAUGUGCGCCCCCCCCUGCCCAACAUGCACAGGGCUCCCUUUAGAACCAAUCUCUGUAAUCUUUCCCUCCAGACAGUGCAGGGUGAGCCUCUUUAUCAGGCCACUUCUGGGGUGCUCUGUGCCCCCACCCCCAGUUUGCUUACUUCCUUGGGUGUUUUGUAAUGUGUUUCCUCUGUUUUGUAAAACCUUUUGAUUGUACUGAAGUGCUUUCUGCAGUCACCUUUGGAAAUAAACGGUCCUUAAUUUGUGUACUUA